AUGACAUCAAACAUCGACUCCAAAUCCAAGCCCAUCCCGCCCGGCAUAUACUGCCCCGUCAUCUCGUUAUACAAGCCAACUCCGCGUCAAGAGAUCGAUUACGAUGCGUCAUGCAAAUUCUUCUCAUAUUUGAUCCGCAGUGGUAUUGAUGGGCUCGUGUUGGCUGGCACUACGGCAGAGGCUGUUCUACUCUCUGCUGAGGAACGAAAGGAACUUGUCAAGGUCGCCCGAAAAGCUGCAGUUGAAUCUGGUCGCCCAAAUUUCCCAGUUGUCGCGGGAAUCAGUGGGCACUCAACAGUGGAGUCCAUUCGACUGGCUACGGACGCUCUUGAUGCAGGCGCGGAUUUUGGACUGUUACUACCACCCAGCUAUUGGGCCAAGGCUGUCACAAAGGAGGCCAUUCUCGGCUUCUACCAUGAUGUGGCUGAUGCAACGGCUCUUCCAAUUGUGAUCUACAGCUUCCCGGCAAUGUGCAAUAGAAUAGACCUGAACUCUGAUACCUUGUCCGAACUCGCGCAACAUCCUAAUAUCGUCGGCGUCAAACUCACAUGUGGAAAUGCAGGCAAGGUCACCAGGUUGACACAUGAAUUCAAGCAUGCCCAGUUUGGAGUCUUCGCCGGUUCUUCAGACUGGCUAAUCCCUUGUCUCGCGGGCAGCGGAGGCGGAUGCGUGACUGGUAUUGCGAAUGUCUUCCCUAAAUGCGUCGCCAGACUGUACGCACUGUGGAACGAAGGCAAAAUCACCGAAGCAAAAGAAUUACAAGGACUUGUUGCCCAAGCAGAAAAGGCUUGCAAGGAAGGGAUUUCCCCUACGAAAUAUGCGACCGCUCGUUUUGCUGGUCCAAGGGCGGGAGUGACUGAGCCCAAAGCCUUUUGGCCUAGGAAGCCAUAUCUUCCUUGUGAUGAUAAGAAGGCAGCCUGGGUGGAGAGUGUCAUGCAGCACCUAGUUGAGCUAGAGGAGAGUCUUCCCCAUGCUAUUUAG